AUGGCACCAACCACUAAACCCAAAGUUCGCAAACGCAAACCACGGGCGAGAAAGAGGAAUCGUGGUAUCCGCACUCGCGAAGGCCACGCACGUCCGAUAGACGCAGGCUCGCCGGCCCAACCGCUUGCCGAAGUACUCAACGAGACGAAGAAGCGUCGCAAACCCAAGAAAAUAUGGGCCGCACUCAUUCCCGUCUCCGAUGAUCCACUCGAAAAGAAUAUUGUUGAGCAAGUACCCUUGCCAGAUGGCUACGUUCUAGUCCCCAAAGGUGAUGUAUACGUCACUCGACACUGCCGCAGUAAGACCAAAGAGUCCGAGCGAAUAGUAUACGUCGUCUACAACCGCACGGGCAAAAGAACUCUGGGAAUCCGAGUGCCCGAAGAAAUCUACACAGAAGUUCUCGAAUCAGCCGCCGCGACAAAAGAAUCACGCGCCAACGCCGUGCAAGUGCGUGAUGCUAAGGAUCUCUCCAAAUCACGGGAACUCUUGAAGAGCGAAUUCCCGCUUAUGCCGAAGGAAACCCUCAAAAUCGUCCUGGAGCAUGCCUUCCUCAAGGGGUCGGGGCGUGUAGGGCGGACAGGGAUGAUCAGUGACAAUCGAAAGACGCUAUUGGCUGUUGAGGCGCAUAUUCGACAUGUCCAUACGCCGUAUGAGAAGUUGCUCGAGGAGGGCGUUAGUCGGAAGGAUGCUCGUGAGCAGGUCUGGCCUACUAUCCAGGCUGUUGAACGGACUUGGCAGGGGUGUGAGCAGAGUAAGACUACAUUGGCUUUGCGUCCGGUUGAUAAAUAA